UUGCCAAUGUCGGAGGUGUAACUGGGGUCUGGCCCUGGACAAAGGAAUAGAGCAUGGCUCAAGUGAAAGUUCAGACCUCAGCAGCCCUGGCUGGUCCUGGCCCCGCCCCCGGAGCCCCCCCCCCGGCCGCGGCCAGCCCCGCAGCGCUCGGUCUGCACCCCGCCCUCAACGGCCCCCCCACCUCCGCCUGCCCCGCUCCUGCAGGCGGAUAUGGGGACGACCCUGUGUCUGCCACAUCGCCAGGCCCGCCCCAGGAGAACAUGGCAAACCCUAAAGAGAAAACUCCGAUGUGUUUGGUGAAUGAGUUAGCCCGUUUCAACCGGAUCCAACCGCAGUACAAGCUCCUCAACGAGAGAGGCCCCGCACACGCUAAGAUCUUCACGGUGCAGCUGACUCUGGGGGAUCAGCUGUGGGAGGCGGAGGGAACGAGCAUCAAGAAGUCUCAGCACUCCACAGCUGCGAAAGCUCUGGAGGAGAGCGUCCUGCCGAGGCCCGCACCCCGCUGCCCCAAAGUGGACAUCAACAGCAACCCAGGCAGUAUAACACCCACAGUGGAGCUGAACGGUCUGGCCAUGAAGAGAGGGGAGCCGGCCAUCUACCGCCCUCUGGACCCUAAACCCAUGCCCAACUACAGAGCCAACUACAACUUCAGAGGCAUGUUCAACCAAAGGUACCAUUACCCCGUCCCGAAGAUCUUCUACGUGCAGCUGUCGGUCGGGAGCAACGAGUUUAUCGGAGACGGUCGAACUCGCCAAGCAGCGAGACACAGCGCCGCCAUGAAGGCUCUGCAGGCGCUGAGGAACGAGCCCAUCCCAGAGAGACCCCCACAGAGCCCAGAGGAAAAAGAGGAGUCUGAGGAAGGAUCUGACGCCAGCAAAUCAGAGAUCAGCCUGGUGUACGAAAUCGCCCUGAAGAGGAACCUGUCUGUCAACUUCGAGGUGUUGAAGGAGAGCGGCCCCCCGCACAUGAAGAGCUUUCUGACCCGUGUCAGCGUUGGGGAGUUUUCCGCGGAAGGAGAGGGAAACAGCAAGAAGCUCUCAAAGAAACGUGCCGCUCUUUCCAUCCUGCAGGACCUGAAGAAGCUGCCCUUCAUCCCCAUCGUGGAGAAACCCAAGACGCACUACAAGAAACGCACCAAGACCAUCCUCAAGACGGGUCCAGAUUACGGGCAGGGCAUGAACCCCAUCAGCCGCCUGGCUCAGAUCCAGCAGGCCAAGAAGGAGAAGGAGCCGGAGUAUCUGCUGCUGUCCGAGAGAGGGAUGCCGCGCCGCCGGGAGUUCAUCAUGCAGGUGAAGGUGAACGGCGAGGUUGCCACGGGAACAGGACCCAACAAGAAGGUGGCCAAGAGGAACGCAGCGGAGGCGAUGCUCCUGCAGCUCGGAUACAAAGCCUCCACUGGACCUCAGAGCCCCACAGAGAUGGACAACAAAGGCUGGAACGGACAAAAGGCGUCAUUUACCGAAGCGACGAGUAACACCCAGAAAGGUUUGCUCCACCUCAGCCCGGACGUCUACCAGGAGAUGGAGGCCAGCAGGAAGCAAGGAGGAGGCGUUUCUCCGGGGAUCAACAAUAGUGGAAACUCCGGUAACUCCUACAUGACAUCCAAAGACAUGCCUCCGUACUUCAGCUCCUCGUCCCCCAGCCCCACGGCCACCAUGGCUCGAGAGAUGCUUCUGAACGGACAAACGCCCGCUAACGCUGAGCUGCACCUGAAGGGGAAGAACUGCGGCGUCAACGUGCAGCCGGCCCAGCAGCUCGACUACCUGGCCCGCAUCCAGGGCUUCCAGGUGCAGUACAGCGACGCUCAGAGCGGCAAAGACUUCGUGACCUAUCUGACCCUCUCCCCUGUGCAGAUGACUUUCCACGGCACCGGGAGCACCCUCCAAGCCAGCCAUGACCAGGCGGCUCUAAGUGCCUUGAAACAGCUGUCGGAGCAGGGGUUGGACCCGGUGGACGGAGCCAUCAAGAGCAGUGAGGUGUGUGUGCGGGAGGACGGACAUUAAACAGACUAACUCAGGCACCACCACUCAGGUCUGCACGGAUUCACAGGCUGUCGUCUAGGAGCUGAAACCCCCCCCCCCCCAAAAACCCACCCUCAACACCCCAUAACCCACAAUCCCCCUCUUCCCCCACGAUCGCCACUGUAUCCUGCAAAAACCUGUCAACAUGCAAUAGGGUGGAUGUGCACCGAGAAAAGACGACGACUAAAACACAUUAUUACUGAGUCUAUGUGAAGACAACGCUAUGUUAACACGUUUAUCGAUGAUUUCUAAAUUCAAAAGAUGAAACUCAUGAGAGAGAUGCAUGGUACUGUAUGAAAUCCAAAGGGAGACCCUGCAGAGACCCUUUGGAUUACUGUAUUAUGGUGUGGUUAAACACAAAUAUGUACGUCAUGCCAUUGAAACACAGAGGAACAUAUGAGAGGAGAAACCAACUCGCGUACAGUAGCUUAUUUUCCGGGGGUAUUAUGUUUCCGUUUUUUUUUAAUUCUUUUUAUUAAUCUAACAAUGCUUGAGUACUGUAUUUAAAAUUAACCAAUGCCAGUGCUGUGAAAGUUGUAGUUGUUGUCUUCAUAUAUAGUCACCCAGCUUACCUUUGUACGCUGACAUUAAGAUAAAAAAAAAAAACA